GCGAAGCGCCCUCCCCCUGGCGUCCCAGACAGCGGAGGGAGUCGCCGCCGCUGCAGGGGCCGCGGCGGGGAUGCAGAGCGCCAGCGCCGCCGCUCUCCUCCGCGCGCUGCUUGGCUGAAAGCGCACAGGACUCAAUUACUGGAAUUGUCAACUCUACCAAUUUAUAGGCACAUUUCUCUUCCACUAUGAGCAGACCAAUUGUAUCAAGCAUUUGUCUGGCUUUCUGUAGCCUUCUUUUUCUCAACUUUGCCACACAAUGUCUGGCCUUCCCCAAAAUGGAAAGAAGAGAGUCAGUACAUAUUGGUGCAGAAAAAUGGCAGUCUGAGAGGAUGAACACAGAUGACCUAGAAAAUACCUCCAUUACUCCAAAACAAACUCCCCAGCUGGUGUUCUCUGAAGAAGAUCCAAUGGUGGUGUCAGCAGGAGUAUCAGCAGUUCCAUUAAAUGAAGUACUCUUGUUUAACAAAGAAACCCAUCCCACAGGAGCUGGGCUCCAGCAGUCUAACAACCCUGUUCUUUCCACUGCUACCGAGCCAGUGGUUCCAGCAGGUGACCAAGUACUUGGUUCCAGCCAGCCAGAGAGAAUGCCUCCUGAAAGCAGACUUUCCAAGACCAUGUUAACUAGCCCUAUCACUGGGACUGCCUCUCUGAAUGCUGACGAAGAGGAACCCUUUAGCAGUACCGUCAUUCAGCCGGUUGCAGAAGGGACCACAGAAGCAACACCAGGUUUUCUGAAAUAUGUGAACCAUCAACUGUUUGCAACUGAAAGUCAGGAAGGAGUUAGUCUGGAGCAUUCUCCUCCAUCCUUUAAGAAUACUGAAGAAAUGCUAACCACCAAUCCAAGAACCGGGAGAUUUGAAGCAGACUUAAACCAGAGAACAACUUCUUUUCCUGGUGCUGAGCCUGGCAGCCUCCUAUUGGAUGGGGAGAAGCUCUUGCAGAAGACAGCUGAUAAUACCCAGGCUACUGCCACCAAGCACUUGCCGGUGACUUCUGAGUAUGCCCUGAGUGUUGGACCAGAAACUGAUAGCCUGCUGGGAGUCCCAGAAGUCACAGAGAGUGUCAGCAGAGCCGUUCCAGCUGCCUCUGUCUUAAGUGAUGAGUGGGAUGACACCAAGCUGGAGACUGUAAGCCAGAUACGGACCGCAAUGCUGGGAGACAACACAGAGACUCAGGUGAGAAUGGAGCCCUUGCAGAUAGAGAGCCAUGAGGGGACUGAAGAGGGUCGGCCUUUGACAGAGGCUGUAGCAGUGGCCGCGGGGCUGCCUGAAAGGGAAACACAUAUGGGGACAGCCCUGCUCAUAGCGCAGGGGGAUGAGAAGUCACCUGCCUUCACCGAUCAAAAUCCCUUCACUCCCAUGGGUCUGAUGGAAGAUUCUGAAGUUUUCUCUGUGCAUGCGUUCCAAAGUGUGGAAGACUUUGCGGAAUCAACAAAGGAAAACAGCGCCAUGUUUCUGUCAGAGACUACUGUGUCCAUCUCCGAAUAUGAGUCGGAGGCAUAUCAGCUGUUGGGAAAUGCAUUGAAAGACAUCAUCACUCAAGAGAUGACAACAGCUACUCAAGAACCAGAAGCCAUUUUACCCUUGGUGACACAAGAGCAGGUCACCAGAGACAGUGGAGAGACUGAGGAAGGCAAGGAGUCCCCUUCUCCUGCCUCUGAUGUUCCUGAUGUUACUCAGCUGUCCAGACAAUGGGAGCCUCUGGCCACUACAGUGUCAACCACAGCUGUCCCUUGGUCUCCCGAAGUUACCCCUGCUGCAGAAGAUCUCAUGGACACAGUCACAGGGCCGAGUGAGGAUCUGACACUAGUUUUGGGCUCUCCGGUGACACCCCCUGGAUUAAUGGUGGAGACACCCAGCAUUUCCCCAGCGUUUUCUGCAUCUGAGGCAUCAUCUGAGAGAACAGUUCCAUCCAUUAGCCACACUAAUACAGCUCCCUCAUACGGCCUGGACCAACUUGAAUCUGAAGAGGGGGAAGAAGAUGAGGAUGAAGAGGAUGAAGAAGAUGAGGAGGAAGAAGAGGAAGAUGAGGAAGAAGAUGAGGAGGAUAAAGAGACGGACUCCCUGGAUGAGAGCUUCGAUGGUGACUCUGAGCUGCCGGGCUUCACCCUCCCUGGCAUCACGUCCCAGGAACCCGGCUUGGAGCAGGGAAACCUGCACCCACUGGAGGGGGCCACCUACCAGGUGCCCGACGCCAUUGAGUGGGAACAGCAGAAUCAAGGCCUGGUGAGAAGCUGGAUGGAGAAACUAAAAGAUAAGGCUGGCUACAUGUCUGGGAUGCUGGUGCCUGUAGGGGUGGGCAUAGCUGGAGCCUUGUUCAUCUUGGGGGCACUCUACAGCAUUAAGGUUAUGAAUCGCCGAAGGAGAAAUGGCUUCAAAAGGCAUAAAAGAAAGCAGAGAGAAUUCAACAGCAUGCAAGAUCGAGUAAUGCUCUUAGCUGACAGCUCCGAAGAUGAAUUUUGAAUUGGACUUGGGUUUAAUUGGAACAGUCGAUGAUGUUGUUAUUUUAUUUUUAUUUGGGGCAAAAAAAAAAGAAGAAGAAGAAGAAGAAGAAGGAAAAGAACAACUUCCUAUCACAUUGCUGCUAUCAGGCCGUCAGUUCUAGUAUCUGCUGGAUAGUAGAUUUUUCUUGUACUGAGCAGAAAAGGCAUGCUGUAAACUAAUUGUAACACACAGUGUUGGUUAUUCUGUAGUGAACUUCCUAUAACCAUGGGCUGCAAUUUAUAAAUACACAGCAUACACGUUGUUCAGUAGGAAUAGCUGGAUUAGGUAGGGUAAAUAUUUUGUAUUUUUCCACUGUCUUUUCCUUGACUUGAAUUACCUGCAUUAAGUGUAAUGAUUGUAGCCACCAAGGCAUGCUUGACUUUGAAAUCGAAAUCUUAACAAAGAAUAACUUCUCAUAAUCACACUCUACCUACUUGAGAUUGUAGACUUGGGGGCUAUGGUACAUCCUGCAUUUGCUUCAAAACCAGCAUCAGCUGAGAAUGAAUAAUUUUUUGUCAAGAUCUCAGCACAUUAGGAGUACAUGUAGAUUUGUAUGUAUCUAGCUUUAUAUACUUUAUUGUUCUCAUCUUCUAUUUUAUUCUCAUUCUUGGCAAAGGAAAAAAAAAAACGCACCAGAAGUAAUGCAUUAGAUUGACUUUUAAUGUAUGUUUGCUCUCUUACAUAGUGUCAUUAAGUCAAAAAAAGUCUUACAUGUUUAUCAUUGUGAGAUACUCUUUUUGUGUACUAUUUGACUUUGCCAAAAAGAAGUGAGGAAGAAAUCUCUGCUGUUUGGUUCUGUACUUGCAUGACUGCUACCGUGAAUAAUUCAGAGCAUUUCUUUUCCAUGUCUGUGGUUUUGGCCAUGGAAGGAGUGAACCACCAUUGGUACUUUUUAAAGAAAAACAGACAAUCUGCAGUAGAAGCAGGCCAGCAGCCAGAGCCCUAGUACACAAUGGAACUCAUGGGAAACUAGCCUUUCUCAGGGCAUCUCACCAUGGGGACGAUGAACUAACUGUGUUAGAUCAUUUCUCAUUUCCUUUGGAAUAUGAUUCUCUACCCUAUACCAAAAGAGGUAUUCAGGUUACCCUAUUUGAAUUUGGGCAUUUGGAAUUUGCAGUUAGUUCAGUUUUGGGGUAGAGAUUGAUUCAAUUCCAUGGAAGGAUAAAGGUUAGUAACAAUAAGGUUACUAUGGAGAACUUGGUCAUAUUCAGUGGAGCCUGUUCUAUGUUAAGCUAGUUACUGGCAUUCCCCGUAGCUACUGUUUUCAUUUUUCCAUUUGACCAAAGAUGGAAUUGAAGCGGAAAAGUGAACCAGUUAUCCAAAGUUAUAUCCAGGAAGAAUCAGCAUGAGAACCUUCUUGGACCCAAAACCAUAUUACCUGCCUUCAGUUCAGUGCCCUUUCAACAAACUUUAGAGGGAACAGUGACAUUGUAGAGUCCUUUUUUAAGACCAAGAGUGUAAGGAAAUAGCUGCUUGGUGAAGAAGCAUUUGUGCUUCUGUCUUUGUUAAAUGAAUAAUGAAUGAUGCCUUACCUAUUUCACUUUUACACAAGUUCUUUCCUCCCACAUAAAUUUAAGUAUCAUCACCAAGGAACUAAUAGCAAAAUUUCCUAGAAUCCAUUCUUGAAUGAUGGCUGGCUUACAAGAAGGCCUUCAUUUAGUUAUUUCAACUUUUUGUCAAGAGAGGUAAGCUAAUGUGUGAAACUGAAAAGAAAAAUGAAAAGUUCAGUAGAAACAAAUGGAAGUUAGCCAUUGACAGAGAAGCUAAAGGUUGGAUUUAAAAAAAUCUCUUUCAGAACCAUGACACUUAAAAGUGAUUUUUAAUUUCAUUAUUUUCAUGAGCAGAAUCAUCCUGAUGUUGUAGAAGGGAUCUUGUCUUUUUCUGAAAGCAACUUCUUAUUGUAAGUGUUUCUCAGACUGAGUAAGUAGGCAUGGGGUGGCAUUGCUGUCUGAUUCUUGUUUAUAACGAAUAUGCAAUAGGUUUACUUAAUUCAGCAACACAUGGGUGACACUAAUGGUCACUAAUGUCUGAGACUACUCAAUCUGUAGGCUGAGUAAGUAGGCAUGGGGUGGCAUUGCUGUCUGAUUCUUGUUUAUAGCGAAUAUGCAAUAGGUUUACUUAAUUCAGCAACACAUGGGUGACACUAAUGGUCACUAAUGUCUGGGACUACUCAAUCUGUAGCCUUUACUUGUUGAAUGUUCAAACUCUAGUAUAAUAAAGUCACAAAUAACCAACACUUAGUUUGUUUUUCCACAAGGAUGACAUGCAUGUGAGUUUAGGCAGAUGCAGAUAUGUCUGUGAGCUCCUUUUGGGACACCCAACUAUUAAAAUAAGAACUGACUUACAUCAUAGUAGAUUUCUGUACCAACUGGUUUAAAUAUCUGGAUAAAGAAAUGGUGGUACCUAUAUACAAUAGACUAUAAUUCAGUCUUAAAGAAAGGAAAACUGUUGUUGUAACUCCCUAGAACAUGCUAGGUAAAAUAUGCUAGUCACAGAAGGGCAAAUACUGCAUCAUUCCACUUUUGUGAAAUAUCUAAAAUAGUCAAAUUUACAGAAGCAGAGGUAGAACAAUGGUUACCAGGAACUGGGGGAGGGAAAAAUGGGGAGGCAUUGGUCACUUGGCAUAAAGUUUAAAUUGUGAAAAUAAAUAGCUUCUAGAGACCUGUGGUACAACAUAGUGCCUGUAGUUAACAAUACUGUGUUGUGCACUCAAAAUUUUAAGAGGCAGAUCUCUUUAAGCAUUUUUACCAUAAGAAAAGAGAGACAGGGGAGAGAAGGACCUGUGGGAAGAGACCUUUUCUUAGUCACACUAUUCAAUACAUAAUACUUGCCAUAGUGGAGAGAAAAGAAAACCAAAGUCAAGAGAAAGGAUAGAAGCUACUAGAAAAAGAAUAGAAAGCCUGUGUGAAAAGUGUUUCUCCCUUACCCCUGAUGUCUUUUUCUAUAAUCAAAGAUAAUAUUAUUCUUUUAAACAUCCUUAAUUUUUUUCUCUCCUGUAAGCUGUUUCUUUCAGUAGCUGCUGGCUUAAUUUAUAUGCAAUAUUUGGAGUUAAUUAGUAUCCCAGGGUAACGGAGUCCCUUAGCAAUGCCUUUGUCUUGGCUGCAGCUCAAAUGUAGUUUUCCAGAAAUACACUCUUAUAGUACCUGCAUCUCUUAUUUGGGUAAAAAACAUGAAGGAAAAAUUAAAGCAAAGUUUUAAAACAAAUUUAAAGGUGCUGUGCAUUGUCUUGUGGCAUAGUCAACCAAAACUGAUAUUUCAUCUCAUUAUUUUAUUUUUUUGUGGAUUGAACCCAAGGGCCUUGUACAUGCUAGGCAGGUGCUAGACCACUGAGUUACAUCCCCAGCCCUCAUAGAUAUUUUUAAAGGUUUUGACUUAAAAUUUAAAAUGUUAUGGAGAUGAAAGAAAUAUGGAAUGGGACAAUGAAUUCUGUAUGCCUAGUGCUCCCUGUCUCUGUGCCUCCAGAUAUCUCCUUCCUGUGGACAUUUAAACAAGAUACCUUAUUUGGAAUCACAUCCAUAACUUGGGGAAGAAGAAUCCAAGCAUCCACAGACAUUGUGAUUUCUGUGGAUGUGAACAAUCAAUGCUCCUACUAGCUGCCAAAACCAAACACAAAAAAAAGAUUUUGGAAACAAGAUAUAUUAUUUGGCUUGAGCUUAAAGCUGUAUGGCCUUUUGGUAAGACAGGCUUUGUUAUGAGCACAGAGACACCUGAAGAGGCAGAUUACAAUGGAAGAAAGGGUCUGCCUUCUUAGGUUAUGCGAGAUUUAGGUGACAAGGAAAGAUGUACGAGUAAGAGAAGAUGGAAGAAAAAUGAAAAUACAAAGCAGAUGUAAAUAUGGCACAGAAACAUGAGACUGCUAAGGGAGGCUGAAGUUCUGAAUGGACCAACGUUUAGAAAAAUGAUAAGCAAGGAGAAGAAUGCAAAUGAGGAAGAUCAUUAGCAGGGAAAGGGGCCAUAAAGCUACUCAAAUCUAUUUUUGCUUCCAUCCUUUCCAUCAAAGAAAAUUACCUUACAACUGGGUGGAAUGAGUAUAGUUGGGAAGAAAUUGAAGUCCAAGAUGAAUGAGGAGAUGAAAGGUGUGUGGUUACUUUAAAUGAGCUUAAGCUCAGUUAAUAUCUUCCUUAAUUACAUAGACUUCAAAUGACUGAAUAUAAACUUCAAGGAAUAGGAAAUAAUUUGAAAACAAAACAAUGUUAUUGACUUAAUAAAAGUCCCAUAUCUGCACAUUUAGCACCCCCAUAAAACACACACCUCCUUUUUGGAGUAGCUAUUAGACUGAUAAGAUGGGAAUGGACUAAGAAUAGAUAUCUAACUGUGUUGCUCUGAUAAUUAUAAACUUUGGCAGUCAACGUGGCUGGUAACCUAAUCCUGUUGCUUAAUUUCUACAGGCAGACAACAACAACAACAACAACAAAAUCACUGUUUGUUUUGUAAGCUGCUGUUGCAUAAAUUGACUGGGAGUAUGAUAUUUGUUGCCAUAGGUAUAUGAAAAUCCCUAUUAAUUAACCCAAGUUUGUAUUAUGUGCAUAUGGGAUAAAGAGAGAAAGAAAAAAAAAAAAAAAAAAAAGAAAGAAAAGAAGGGAGGCCGGAGGAAUGGAGGAGCAAGGGGGGGGGGGGGAGAAAUGUCCCCUAUGAAAUAGCAGCAAAAGUACGAGGAAACAAAUCAUCUCUUCUCUUGUUUGCAUUUUCCUAAAAGCAGAGGCAAAUAUUGGUGCAGAUUCUCAGAUCUUCCACUGAGUAAAGCAAGGAUCCUACUGUCCCUUCUUAAAAAAGCAACAGGAGCAGUAAUACAAAUGAUAACCCCUAAUGGUUUGUAACACAGAGUGCAAAUUCUCACCACACCUAAACCUGCAAUCUCCAGACCUGAGAUUUAAGACAGUUGUUGUUGAAAGGUGGAACUUUUUUUAAAAAAAAAUAUUUAUUUUUUAAUUUUUUACAGACUGCAUUUUGAUUCAUUGUACACAAAUGGGGUACAACUUUUCUUUUCUAUGGUUGUGCAUGAUGUAGAUUCAC